UCCGUCAAGUAAAUGUUGAGAUGUAACGGGGUGCGCCUCUGAGCCGUUCCGUUACUCGAGACCAUUGUUCUAUUGCUAUAGGCGUCACCAACACCAGCCGCAGCUCCUCUUCCCUGCAGCUCCGAUGGCCCCUCUCGCCCCAAGGACCGGGGAUGCGAUCUUCGCCAACGUCGAACGCGUUAACGCGGAGCUGUUCACCCUCACAUAUGGGGCGAUCGUGCGGCAGCUACUCACGGAUCUGGAGGAGGUGGAGGAGGUGAACAAGGAGCUCGAUCAGAUGGGUUAUAAUAUUGGAGUUCGAUUGAUUGAUGAGUUUCUAGCCAAGUCCAAUGUAUCAAGAUGUGUUGACUUCAAGGAAACAGCCAAUGUUAUUGCAAAGGUUGGUUUCAAAAUGUUCUUAGGGGUCACUGCUUCUGUGACCAAUUGGGAUGCUGAGGGCACAACUUGCAGCCUCGUUUUGGAGGAUAAUCCCUUGGUAGACUUUGUGGAACUUCCUGAUACAUGCCAAGGUCUUCACUACUGCAACAUCUUGAGUGGGGUUAUAAGAGGUGCAUUGGAGAUGGUGUCAAUGAAGACUGAAGUCGCCUGGGUUCGGGAUAUGCUACAUGGUGAUGAUGCAUACGAGCUGCAAGUAAAACUUGUAAAGCAAGUUCCAGAGGAGUACCCAUACAAAGAGGAUGACUAACUUGACACUGUGGAGCCAAUAGUUCUUUUGAUCUCUUAAGCAUCAUUUAUUUUCGUGCUUGUGAUAUUAGUUCUGCCACAUUUUUGAGACGUUUCCCUUUAACAUGAGAUAGAAAGAAAUGGUUAUAUGUUAUUCUUUGCUCAUUUCUUGAACAUUUUAUAGUUACUUUGGGUCAAGCUUUAUUAACCCUUCAAUCUAUAAAGCCAAGUCUCCAAA